CGAGGGAGUACUUCCGGGCAGUAGGAGCGGCGAGUCAGCGGCGGUGGCUCUGGUGAUGUUCUAAUCAUGUCAGAUAAAGAUGAUAUUGAGAGUCAAGUGAUAACUGAAGCAACCCUGGUUCUUGAAGAAGGAAACCAUGAGCCAGCCAAGAAUACUGAGUCUGUUGACCAAAGUGCUAAGCCAGAUAGUAAAUCUGAACCUGUAGUGUCCACUCGGAAAAGGCCAGAGGUCAAAUCUUCUAGUGAUCUUGAAACUCCAGAAGUUCUCCCUGUUCAGGAGCCUGUUUCCAAAGAUGUACCCCAGACUGGAUGGGGGUAUUGGGGAAGUUGGGGAAAGUCCUUACUUUCUUCAGCCUCAGCUACAGUAGCCACAGUAGGACAAGGUAUUUCAAAUGUCAUCGAGAAGGCAGAGACUUCUCUCGGGAUUCCUAGUCCCAGUGAAAUUUCAGCUGAAGUCAAGUUUGCAGCAGGAGAGACAAAUGCCAAAGAGAAUGAAAGCUCCUCCCCAGUCAUGGGGCCAUUUGGUGUAUUCUCRACCAUUUCUACAGCUGUUCAGAGCACAGGAAAGAGUGUUAUCAGUGGGGGUUUGGAUGCCUUAGAAUUCAUUGGAAAAAAGACAAUGGAUGUAAUAGCAGAAGGGGAUCCUGGAUUUAAAAGAACCAAGGGUCUGAUGAAUCGGAAUUCUACACUGUCUCAGGUCUUAAGAGAGGCAAAGGAGAAAGAAGAGCUGUGGACCUCCAAUGAGGUUACCAUGGAAACUGACAAGAAAACUCAUUAUGGGCUACUCUUUGAUGAAUUUCAAGGCCUUUCACACCUAGAAGCUCUGGAGAUGCUUUCCCGAGAAAGUGAAAUAAAGGUGAAAUCUAUCCUUAAUUCUUUAAGUGGAGAAGAAUUAGAGGCACUAAAGUUUGAAUUAGAGCAACUCAAAGAAGCAUUUUCCCUGGCAGAGUUUUGUGAAGAAGAGGAAGAAGAGAAAAAAGGGGAUGAAGAUUUUACCAAAGAGGUAACAGAGCUGUUUUCUCAACUGCACGUCUCCUCCAAACCAGAGAAACUUGCCAGGGCAAGAAGUACUGCCUACGAAUGGAUCAGGGCAUUUCCGACCACACCAUUAGCAAAGAAAGAAGAAGAAGAAAAACAGUCAGAGACAGAAAAUACUGAAGAAGUCAAUAAAAAUUCAAUAGAGGAUAUCCAUGCAUUUGCAAUUCGMAGCCUAGCAGAAUUGACUGCCUGCUCUAUUGAACUAUUUCACAAAACAGCAGCAUUAGUUCUGCAUGGUGGGAAGCAGGAAGUGACAGCCAUAGAAAGGAGCCAAACUCUUUCCCAGAUGACAAUUGUAUUGUGUAAAGAGUUGUCCUGUCUGUCUAAAGAGUUUACCACCUGCCUAACAACUGCUGGGAUUAAAGAAAAGGCAGAUGUCCUGAAUCCAUUAAUCACUGCAGUCUUUCUAGAGGCAUCAAAUAGUGCCUCUUACAUCCAGGAUGCUUUUCAGCUACUCUUACCUGUACUGCAGAUCUCUCUCAUUGAGAACAGGAUGGAAUUACCCAGGCAGGAGCUACAAGUCCAGAGGCCUUUGCCAGAACAUUGAAGAAUAGAGAAGAUUUGACCUGAAAUUUGUGAUGGCUAAGAAGUGCCACUUUCUUCAGGGUACCCCUGCAGAAAUGAAUGAGGAAGGUUAUUUUAAUAUAUAAAAAUUCAGGCAGGAGAACAGGUUUAAAGAGGAAGUUUGUUUCUUCACUUGGCUGAAGUAUUCAAAUCCUCACACUAUUCCCAGUUAUUGACAUAUUAUUUGAAAAAACACUUUGUGGAAAGUCUAAGAAUAUAAGCUCUAGGUAAAGUUUUAGUGGGACACUCAGGCAAAAAUAUUGAUCUAUUUUUGACAUGCUGCAAAACACUAAAAAUUUUGUCAUGGAUAUAAUCUGUAGCCCAUGGAAAAAAUUGGUGUAAAAAACAGGAGGAAAAAACCCUUAAUUUGGCAUUCUAGAAUUUAUGACAUACUUGGUUUAUUAAUGCCAUGUACUUUCUCCUUUCUAGAAUAAARUCUAUGGCUUUAAGAAAAUUGAGCAUAUAUAAACUCUAAAAUGAUUACCCUUUAUCAUGUGAUUCUUGGAAAUGGCUAGGAAGUUUCAUUUACUCUUUAAUUCUCAGUAGAUAUUUGACAUUGAGGAAAAACUUGCAGUAUUAUACUUUUUCAGGCACAUGAACGAAGUAUAACAGAUUCCCCUUUGGCUUUAAAUGACUCCCGUAUCCCUUGAUGACAAGCUUCAAGUCAUAGGUGAUUCUCUCCUCAACUGUAUUUAAGACCAAUAAGUGCAAUUUAGAGAAACAGUUUCAUAUUUUAGAUAUUCUUUUUAAGUUGUUUUUCAUGCAUACCCCAUAAGCAGGACAAAUUCUGUCACAACCAACCCUAAAUGAGUGUUGAGGCUCUUUUGUUAGUAGGGUUUUUGUUGUUUGAAUAUUGUUAAAGUGAGUCAUAGAGUCCCAUAGAAGUGAUAUUCAUUUAUAAUAAGAUUUAACCUCUAGUACAUUUUUCUUCUUCUUUGUUUUAAUUUGUUCUUUAGCAUGAUUUUAAAUACAACUUUURUCUUCUAGAUCUUAUGCCCUUUUUCUUCAACAACCAAAAUAUAUUUUGAUAUCUAUUCUUUUUAAAAAAGGUCUCCAACUUUGUGGUUUUUAAUGAUCAAGUAACUUUUCUGUGAGCUCUGCCCCCCAUCUUAUAACAUGUUUAAAAUAAAAUAUAAUUGAACUGUUCAUAAGUGUGAUAUUUCACAAAUGUCAAGAAUGAAAAUCAUCAUUUACUUUAUGUACUAUAAUAUGUGCAUUUUCAUAAAAGGCUUAAAAA